CCAUGGACUCGCUCCAGCACUCAUAGCACACAAGAGGUCUAACAAGAAACUGAUUUUAUGUGUGUGUGUCAACCAACGCCAGCCUUUAGUAGUAAUGCCAUUACACACCAUAAACACUGGUAUAAUCUCGAAAAUAAUCUGGACGGUUUCUUUUUUUUUAAAUAUUUUUUUAAUAGGGACACCCCCUCCCCUCCUAGUUGUCUCCAUUAGUAACGGCGGCUGUGUCGUCCGGAUGAAACCCGCAAAAGAGCUGCCAGUGCCCGGGAUGAAUAAGUCCACAGUUGGCGUCCUGAAAGCUUUGGAUUAAUAUAGGAUAUUCGCUGCAGUGCCUACAAUAUUCAAGUGAUUAGGCUCGGUUGCUAUUUGACACCUUUUAAAGUGAGGGAACGCUGUAAAUACAGGCAUUCCUAUCCACCCCCCUGCCUCCUUAUCUCCUCUCGGGGUUGUAAAUAAGCUGGGGCUGUGUAGACCCUUGAGAGGCCCUCUACCUCCCACACUUCCCCACCGCUGCUACCCCCUUCCUAACUCUCCAGCCCACUCAGACUGUGCUGCUGCUCUUCAUGCUGCUGAAAAGCGCCAGGGAGAUGCUCAGAUGAUCCAUUGGGCCAUCCUGAACCACACCGUCCAAACAGCCAGAGACAGGGAAGACUAACUAGUGCGAGUGUGAGAGAGCCCUUGGAGGGUGCUGUGAGUACCCUGCGAGGCCCACCCGCCCGCCAAGCCUGGCAGAAAGCUUGGCUUGCCCCUUCACUCCACCAGCCCCUGCGAUGCCCUCCCCUCCCAAUGAAGGAGAGGAUCAAGGAGCGUCCCCCGUGAACGGGCCAUCUGUGGGCUCCUAUCAGAGCAGUGGGAAGAGGAAGGUGCGCACCAAAAAGAAGAAAGGCAGUAUCGCCGCCAAUGUCGCCGGCACCAAAUAUGAGAUUGUUCGCAUAGUAAUCAGCGAGAUGGACUUCAUCAAGACUCGGGAUGAAGAUGAGACUGCCAACCUCAUUUGGAAUGACUCGGCCGUGCAGCACGAGAAAAUCGCUGAGCUCAGGAAUUAUCAGAGAAUUAACCAUUUCCCUGGCAUGGGCGAAAUCUGCCGAAAAGACUGCCUAGCAAGAAACAUGUCCAAAAUGAUCAAGUGCCAGCCCCAAGAGUACAGCUUCAUACCCAAAACCUGGAUCUUCCCUGCCGAGUACACUCAGUUCCAGAACUACGUCAAGGAACUACGCAGGAAACGCAAGCAGAAGACCUUUAUCGUCAAACCUGCCAACGGUGCCAUGGGUCACGGGAUCUCGCUUAUCCGUAACUGUGAGAAGCUGCCAGCCCAGGAGCACUUUAUCGUUCAGGAGUACCUGGACAAGCCCUUCCUGAUGGAGGGCUACAAGUUUGACCUGCGCAUCUACAUCCUUGUCACUUCCUGCGACCCGCUUCGCAUUUUUCUCUACAACGACGGCCUGGUUCGAAUGGGCACCGAGAAAUACCACGCACCCAGCGAGGCCAACCUGAGCCAGCUCUACAUGCAUCUGACCAACUAUUCAGUCAACAAACACAAUGAGAACUUUGAGCGAGACGAAACAGUGGACAAAGGCAGCAAGAGGUCCAUCAGCUGGUUCACCGAGUUCCUCCGCACCAAUGACUACGACGUGGCCAAGUUCUGGGGAGACGUCUCUGAACUGGUGGUGAAGACGUUAAUAGUAGCCGAGCCACACGUGCUGCACGCCUAUCGCAUGUGUCGCCCCGGCCAGCCACCAGGGAGCGACAGUGUCUGCUUUGAGGUCCUGGGCUUUGACAUCAUCCUGGACCGCAAACUCAAACCCUGGCUAUUGGAGAUCAAUCGAGCUCCGAGCUUUGGGACCGAUCAGAAGAUUGAUUACGACGUAAAGAGAGGGGUGCUGCUCAAUGCGCUCAAACUCCUCAACAUUCGUGCCAGUGAUAAGAAACGAAACCUGGCCCAGCAGAAGGCAGAGGCUCAGAGACGGCUCUAUGGACACGGCUCCAUGAAGAAACUCUCUGCUGCUUCCUCGGACUGGGAGAAACAACGUCACACACUGGAGCGAAGGAGAGAAGAGCUGAAAGAGCGACUGGCACAGGUCCGCAAGCAGAUCUCCAGGGAGGAGCAUGAAAAGCAACAUCUGGGCAACUACAGACGUAUUUACCCCCCAGACGACAAGCUGCUGUUGGAGAAGUAUGAAAGCCUGCUCUCGGCCGCCUUUCAGACCUUCCUUGCCGGGCGAGCUGCCUCACUUCAAAAGGAAAUGAAUAAUCCUCUGAAACGAAUGAAGGAGGAGGACAUCUUGGAUCUGCUGGAGCAAUGUGAACUGGACGACGAGAAGCUAAUGGGCAAGUCCUCCAGGCAACGAGGCCCUAAGCCCUUGACCGCCAUGCCAGAAUGCAGUCAGACACCAAGACGCCAACGCCCCGACUACCUGGCUGACUUCACCAGCGGCAGCAGCGCCGAUAACUCCUGCUCCUCCUCGGACGAUGAAGAGGAGGACAGGAGGAAAGCAGGAGGAGGAGGAAGGGGCAUAGAGAAGAGGGAGAAGAAAGUUUCCUACGACCUUGGGGAUAGCAAGGAGAAGAACAUGGCGGAGCGCUCAGGCCGCAUCCACUGGAAACCUCCAGUCAAGUCGUCCAAAACGGGCUCCACCUCGUCUGCUUCCCCAACUCUUUCUGGUCCAAUCAGGCGCUCCAUCUCCUGCCCUCGCUCAAUCGCCUCCCUCUCAUCGCCCAGUGAGGUGCGGGUUGUAUCCACGAGGCCUUCUCCUACAGUACCCAUGGCCACACCCCUCGUCAGACCGAGCUCCGCCACGCUGCGCUCUCAUUCGCUGAGUCGCAGCGGCUCCGCCCACCGCGUGCCUCACAGCAACAGCCUCGGGACCAUCCAUUCCCACAUAGGUGACCCCCUGAUAAACCUGAGGAGUAAAGAGCAGGAGGCUGAGCUGGUGCGUCAGACUCUGGCUGCGCUCACCGCCAUGAGGAUCAGGUUUCCAGGCAAAACCGAGGAAGAAGCUGAGUCUGUGCUGGAUGAGAUCCUCGACAACUGGAAAUACCAUAAAUCAAAGGUGGCCUCCUAUUGGCUAGUGAAGUUGGACUCUACCAAACAACGGAAGGUGUUGGAUAUUGUACGUACAAAUGUACGCUCAGCACUGCAGCGAAUAUGGAGGGAGCCAGACGUAGAGAGUCUCCACCUCUACCGACUCUUUAACCGAGUCUUCAACAGGCUGCUCUGGAGUCAUGGCCAGGGACUGUGGCACUGCUUCUCCAACACUGGCUCAUCGUGGGAGACCAUCUUCAGUAAGAGCAGCGAGGUGGUGUCACCCCAGGAGCUGCAGUGCUGCCGCCGGCUGGUCCAGCUGUGCCGAGACUGCCUGUUGGUCGUCUACAAGUUUGUCUCAGAGUCCCGCGGCUCUUUGACCGGACUCAGCCCCGAAUGGGACGACACCAGCUUACCAUUUGCUGCUGGACCAGUCUCUACCCAUGGCACCACCCCUGCUGCUGUCGCUGCCGCUUCUUCCUCCUCUUCCUCCGUCUCUUCGCCUCUUGAUUCAGGUCUCAGCUCGGUUCAGUUCUGCUGACCACCUCUCCCCCCCCCCCCCCUCUAAUCACACCGUCCCCUGUUCCCUACUCUCCGCUGCUCCCACCACCUCGCAGCUGCAACUAAGGCUUGAUUUCCACCUGCUUAACGAUGGUUGCUUUAGCUGUACAACCAACAGUCUAGCAGUGUCUCCUCUCCUUUCCCUCAGUAAUCGUCAGAUAAAUGACAUUUGGAUUGACUGAACUGAUGUGUUUCAAAAUGAUGAUGAUUAUUUUUGGCCCAAAGUGUUAAAAAAAAAAAAUACGGGGAAAGAAGGAGAUAGGAGAAGGAAGACUGUUUGGAGCGCUGUUUGUCAACACUGCAACCAUUCGCAACCAGCUUGCCGUACAUCACCAGCUAAUCACUCGGCUGCCACAUGCUAAACUAUGCCUUUCACUCAAUGCUCUCUCUCAAGAGCAUCUUACCCGGAGUGCAUUUUCAGUACAAGUGGCCUCAGUGGGAGCUGAGCGCCUCACCUGCGCCGCCAUGAGCAACCUAAGCACCGCUCUCUUCUUGUCUCAAGAAGACAGAAAGUGGCUCGGCUUUUGCAUCGUGUGCUUUGCAGUCUCACAAACACCAAACGGUUCACAUCUCUCCAUCAGGCAUGCAGGGAACAGUCACAACCCACCUCCACUUCAGAUAGCUGAGAAGCAAUUAGUAUUAUUUUCUCAUUGAUGCAUACGCUUUUAUAUCAGAGGGUAAACUGUGUGUGUGUGAGUGUGUGUGUGCGUGUGCAUGCACAUGUCAUGCGACUGUUAUGCAACUAUCACCCGUCUCUCUUCGGUGUCUCGCACUCAGCUGGCCUCUAUUUCUAUCGAGGUGCGUUCACAUCCAACUGACAGGUUGGUUCACAUUUGUUAAGCCUGUUGUUUUGAAAUAAUACUCACAUGCCCAGAUGUACGUUCAAACUGUUUUCUGGUUGUCCAUGCUGGCUGUGAGGAGAUCCCUUCCCAAGACUUCCAGAGUAAGAGAUGGGGGACUCCACAGUCCACAGUCUUUGUUCACUAAAAAGGGAAUUCUUAAUACUGUCUUCUCAUUGUCUAGGGAGACACAAAGAGGGUAUUUCAGACUAAAAAGACUAGCUUUGGAAGACACCAGCUUGAUUUGUCUAACUCAGGCGGUGGGAGCUAAAUAAUGCAUUUCUGAAUUGUGGAUUCUGCCUAUUAUUAGAACAGUAAUAAUAGAGUAACAAUUACUGUAACCAGCAACCUUAAAUGCACGUAUGGACAUGUGAGUAUUGUUUUGACGCAUGCUAGAACAAAAAUGUGAACCCAUCCAUGAGUGCAAACUUGUCAAUAAAUCCUAAUAAUACAAAAUAAUUAGGUUUAGGUUUAACUGACAAAAGAGUAACUAGUGGGUCAAGAACUAAUUCAUAGAAGAUUACUUUUAAUUCAAUCCAAAGCUGAAGACUAAGAAAUGUGAAAUAUCCUGUGAAAUGUACCAGCCAGUGAUCGGCCGAGUUCUGAAGUGGACAGAUGAGGAAAUAGUUUCAGCAUUUCUGUUGAGUUUCCCUACUUCAAUCUGUAAUCCAACACGAAAAAUACAAACUAAAAUGAUAUGUCAACAUCAGAAACGAAGGCAAACUUGGCUGAGCACUGUUUCCUGUGCAAGUACCCACAUAUCCACAACACAUACACUUGAAGAGCUCUUGCCAGCCUUUGGCACAUGUCAAAGUGGGUCUGUUAGCCGGGGUCUUUGGGGUCUCCAUUGUUGACCACACCUGCCCGCUCUUGUUCAAGCAUCCUUCCUCGGUGGAGUGCUCUGAUCAGGUGUGUCAACAGCCUCAUGGGUCUUAGAAAAGUCCUUCAGUCCGCGUGGGCAGAUGAGAGGAAGUAGCCAAAUAGCUCCACUAAUCACUUUCUUGUUAAGCCUGGAAAUAACUGUCUCUACCCAAAGACAAUUUUUCCAUGAUGACAAAAGUUUCAGCUUUUAUUAACAUUCAUCUGUCUGAAAAGUGUGGCAGUAAUUAGGGUUAAUUGGGGUGUAGAGCUGAAUGUGGGCUGCAGAUAACCUUCAAGCCUCUUUGUACCUCUUGGUUUAGGAUUGCGUCAGCUAUCGUAGCAGUCCUCCCUUCCAUCCUUAGUCAUGGCGUUUCGUCUCGUUUGGCCUGCUCUUAAUUCACUGUGGCA